CAACGCAAAACCUCGAGAAAGCAUCAUUUUUAACUGGAAGAGCGUCUGGAAAGAUUACGACCUGAAGAAAACUUGUUGCUGAAGAAUGCAGUUUCAUUUAAUGUUCGUGCUGAUCAUAACCCUCGCGGUGGUUUGGGGAAAAUCAACGAAUGAAGAAGACUAUAUUGAAAAACUUUUCAACGACAAUACAGGAUCGUGCAAUGGCGUGACCUAUGAUAGAACAACACAGGGGUGUUGUUGGUAUCAGGUGUAUGAUCGAAGUACUCAAUACUGCUGUAACGGAGGAACACACGAGAAAACUGCUGAAGAAAACUCCUGUUGUGGUAACGAGGGAUACAAUAAAGACACUCAUAUCUGCUGUAAAGGAAAUCUUGAAGAAAAUGAAGAUGGAGAGAAAAAGUGUUGCAAAGAUAAAACGUAUGAUCCUGAUGAUGCAAUCUGUUGUGAAGGAGUUGUUCAUGAUGUCUCAAGAAAGUGUUGUGGCAAGGCAUCCUAUGAUGAAGAAAAUCAAGGCUGUUGUAAACGAGUGGUCUACGAUCUUGAAACAAAAGAGUGUUGUAAUGGGAAAGUUGUAUCCAGUGAUGAAAGCACAUGUUAACUGUGGUGACAACGUGAUAGAAUAGGAUACGAAAAGGAUGAUGUUUGAUAACAUAGUAUAUUGUUUUGUUGUAACCUCUUUAUUAAAGAUCAUGCUUUA